AUGUUCGCGCUACCACUUGAUUCGAAGCAAGCUCUGAUCCAAUGGCUCAAUCCAUGCUUGCCAACAUGCAUUGCUCUAUACCGACGACUCCAAUUUGGACACUUCACACCAGGCUCGCGGUUAUUCAGCUCCGUCGAUUUUACCAUCUUGACUCACGGAAAGGUUCCAAGCAGCCCAUGGAUAGUGGCCUUCGUUGAUCGUACUUGCAGACCAGAAACUGAGGUCUGGAUUGCUGCCAGUUGGGAACACGAUACACCAGCAGACGAUUCAUGGCUUCCACAAGCAGACGACCUUGUCAGAUCUUUAUUGAAGGAGAUCAGCAAGGCUGAAAUCAUUCCCCAAGCAUCGAGUCCCAUCACGGGCUCGGACAAGUCUACAAGUCUCCCUGCAGAUACCAAUGGCUAUGGGAGCGUUGACCGGGAUCAGUAUGAAAAGCACUUGAUGAAUGAAAAGGUUGUCUUGCUUGGAGCUGUCCAUAGCUCUACAGUCGCCAUAUUGAAGAGACUCGGCCUUCUCGACUCGAGCUUUGUUGGUUCAGACAUACCCUAUCAGAAGUACAUCUUUGAUCUUAGAAACGAUGUGGUUCCUCGCAGUCUACCUCCUGGCUUUGUAUAUGGCAAAGUGGAUCCGAAAGACUAUGGGUUGGUCAAAUCACGCACACAGAUUCCUCGUCAGGAUAGAACUCUACGCAAGUUGCCUAGCGUUGCGAUAUACCAUGAACAAGGGGGAUCAACUGCAUCUACGCCCAUUGCCUGGGGCUUCCUGGGAGUAGAUGCUUCACUGACAACACUGCAUGUUGAGAAGGACUACAGAGGACUCGGACUUGCCAAAAGCCUAAGCCUCAAGCUCUUUUCGGACCACAUGGGGGCAUAUUGGCAGCACAACCCUAGUGACGAGGAGAGAUAUGCUCACGCGGACGUAGCGACAGACAACAGUUCAAGCCAAGGUGUAUGCAAGAGUUUGGGAGGAAAUUGGUAUUUUCAUGUGUUUUGGAUACGAGUAGACGUAAGUCAAGCAUAA